AUUGCCACCACCACAACACCAUAGUCACAACUACAACUACCUACAACUGCCCCACCGCAUCUUCCAGAAUUGUUCCUUCGUCGCAUAUUUCAAAGAACACUCCCCCCUGUAUACAGACACGUCGAGUCUUCCCAUCUGCAAAAAUGGCGCCGAUGAAGGCAGUCAGUUUGCCUAUGAUCCCCCUGGCCAAAGAUACCGUCCUCCUACCCGGAAUUGUCCUUCGAAUUCCUGUAGGUGGCAACCGCUCUGAUAUUCCAGCUCUUCUUUCCAAUAUAUACAGCAAGGCAUCUAAGCGGACAACGAGCCAACGACUUGACAACGUCAACGUCGCCUGCGUACCCUUGACGUCGAAUUAUUUGAACAAACUGGGCCAAAGGAUGAUUGCAGAAAGCGACCAGAGCAGGCCAAAGGAACGUAUGGAUAUAAAUCCGGCGAGUGCUACGAGGGAGGAUAUAUUUGGAUAUGGAGUUGCUGCGAAGAUCUCGGGCGUUGAGGGAAAGGGAACAACCGGGGAAUUCGCAUUGCUAGUUGAGGGGAUUGCUAGGAUCAAGAUUGAAAGAAUUACACAGGAGCGACCUUUCUUUGAGACGGAUGUCACUUACCUAUAUGAUGAUGGUGAACUUAUCUCCUCUAUCUACUCAAUAACAUGUUCUAACAUCUUACAGCUAUUUCCGCAGAAGACGUUGCCGUACAAGGGCUCUUUGCCCACCUUAAACAACUAUCUCGUGAACUCCUUACUUUGCUUCGCCUUUCCUCCCUCUUGCCUCGAGCUUCGGGGACACCAGGUCUUUCCCCCAUGCUCGCUAGACGGCUGGAACUAUUUAUUGCGAAGAAAGGAAUACAAGAUGCGGGGAUAUUGGCUGAUUUUAUGACAAAUAUUGUGGAAGCUUCAUUCGAAGAAAAGCUACAGGUGCUCGCGGCCUUGGAGGUCAAGGAUAGAUUGGAGAAAGCAAUUGCUUUAUUACAACGCCAGAUUGGAAACAUUAAGAACAAUGUCAGCAUCACCACAUUCACAAGUACGAGUUUCCCCAACAUCGACCUGGAUCAGAUGAAUAAAAACAGCAAUCAGCGCUCGAGAAGGAUCAAUAUGCCCGGCAUUGCCGGAAUGCUGCCUCCUGGGAUGGGUGGUCCUUCUGAGGAAGACCAGGAACCAAACGAGGUCGAUGAAUUGAAGAAGAAAAUUGAAGAAGCAAAAUUAACGGCUGAGGCAGCCAAGGUUGCAGACAGAGAACUGAAACGAUUGGGAAAAAUGUCCCCAGCACAAGCAGAGUACCAAGUCACUCGCAAUUAUUUAGAAACUCUGGCGGAAAUACCUUGGACAGCAGCCACAGACGACCAGCUUGGUUCGGAUACUCUAUCGCGAGCUAGGAAGCAGUUUGAUGAGGAUCACUAUGGGUUGGAAAAGGUCAAGAAGCGUUUGUUGGAAUAUCUUGCGGUUCUGAAGCUCAAGCAGUCCAUAAACAAGGAACUCAACACAGAACUAGCCAAGGCAGAAGAAGACAAGGCAGUGGAAAAAGUCGAGGUUCUGAAAAGCAAGCGCAUGAUUGAUAAAUCACCAAUCCUUCUUCUAGCUGGCCCUCCAGGUGUUGGCAAAACAAGUUUGGCAAAGUCUGUUGCAAAUGCUCUGGGAAGAAAAUUUCAUCGUAUCUCCCUUGGUGGAGUGAGAGAUGAGGCCGAGAUUAGAGGCCAUAGGAGAACUUAUGUUGCUGCUUUGCCAGGUCUUAUUGUUCAGGGUUUGAAGAAGGUUGGAGUAAACAACCCUGUUUUCCUCCUCGACGAAAUUGACAAAGUUGGGUAAGCGUAUCCGACUCUCACUUGGCGAUCGAUUCUGACAAAAUAUAGAACCUCGAACUUUCAAGGUGAUCCAUCAGCAGCAAUGUUGGAAGUCCUUGACCCUGAACAAAACCAUACUUUUAUGGACCACUACGUCAAUAUUCCAAUCGAUUUGAGCAAAGUGCUCUUCAUCGCUACCGCCAAUAGCCUAGAUACUAUCCCUCCACCUUUACUUGAUCGUAUGGAAACCAUCAUUCUGUCUGGAUACACAACUCUCGAAAAGAGACAUAUUGCACAGCGGCACUUGAUUCCCAAGCAGAUACGUACUAGUAUGUUCUCCCCUUCCGAGAAAAAACAAAACCUCUUAACACUUCCAUAGAUGGUCUCGGAGAUGGACAGGUCGAGUUCAACCAGGACGUUGUAUCGAAAAUCAUCGAGUCUUACACACGUGAAUCAGGAGUUCGGAACCUUGAGCGUGAGAUUGGCUCAGUAUGCCGUGCUAAGGCUGUCGAGUAUGCGGAAGCGAAAGAUACGGGACAUGCAGGUAUGUCAAGUACUCUCAAACUGUGCAUGAUGACACAAGCUGACACGUUUUUCCCUCAGAGAAGUACAAUCCUUCGUUAUCUGUGGAGGACAUCGAGAACAUAUUAGGCAUCGAAAAGUAUGACGAGGAGAUUGCGGAGAAAUCAAGGUAAUUAUCUUCCUGCUUCAGUCUUGUGUUACCUGCCUUGCCUGCUUCUCGAAACGUCUGUCACUGUCCCCAUUUCGGGCUUACAGAUCAGAAAAAGCUCCGAAACAUAUCCACUAGGAGAAUUUAAUUGACAGUAUUGGUAGUCGUCCUGGCAUCGUGACUGGGCUCGUGGCGUACAGUUCGGGCGGGAACGGGAGCAUACUUUUCAUCGAAGUGGCUGAUAUGCCGGGUAGCGGCAGUGUGCAGUUGACUGGAAAGCUCGGCGAUGUCCUGAAAGAAAGUGUCGAGGUGGCACUGAGCUGGGUUAAGGCACAUGCCUAUGAAUUAGGAUUAACCCAUGAUCCUGCGGAGAAUAUCAUGAAGAAGCGUAGUAUUCAUGUUCACUGCCCGUCGGGGUCAAUACCCAAGGUAAGCCAGCUCAAUGCGUCAUAAUACUUGAAUUUCGUGCUGAUCAUGAACAGGAUGGACCCUCGGCUGGUAUGGCACAUACCAUUGCCCUGAUAUCCUUGUUCUCCAACAAAGCUGUCCCACCGACAAUAGCAAUGACUGUAUGUUGAUCCCUGGUUUCCGUCUUACUAAAUGGCAAAAAUGUCUCAGUCACCAUUAACACUUUUGCCACAGGGUGAGAUCUCACUUCGUGGUCGUGUCACGGCGGUUGGGGGGAUCAAGGAGAAAUUGAUCGGGGCUCUUCGGGCUGGUGUCAAGACUGUGCUCCUACCAGCUCAGAAUAGGAAAGAGUAAGCUAGCUGCGUUGAUCGGAUCUUCGAGAUUUGGUUGUGCUAACGAGUGAUUUUCAGUGUCAAGGAAUUGCCUCAGGAAGUCAAGGAUGGGUUGGAGAUUAUACAUGUUAGGUUAGUACUGCUUUCUUUCACCACUUGGGAACUGCUUAAUAAGUUUUUUUUCCAGACAUAUCUACGAGGCUAUGCGCUAUGUAUGGCCCGAGGCUCGUUGGCCAGGGGAGGAGAAGUUUGCUCUUAUUGAAAGUCAGCUGUAGGAGAAUUCGAACGGUAGACUGGGAUAUCCAUCCCAAUAUUUUGCAUUAGGAAAUUGACGAUUCUCAUGAGCAGUCGGUGGGCGGGAUUGAGGUACAUGUGGCGUAUGUAAGUAUGUAUGUAUAUGUACGUGAGAGGAUAUCAGUAAGUACAUAGUCAGGGGCGGGUUCUUGAAUAAGAAUGACAUAACAUAUCUGAGGACCGUACUACCCUAUUCUCCUCUCUGUGACGUGCAAGAUAUCAACUUCUCGCCUCUUCCU